UGCACUGAUUGGCUGAGGCUCUGGGGCAGCAGCUCCCGAGGGCCCCCAUUGGCGCGGCGCUCCAGUGACUGAAGCGUGGCCGCCCGGCCUCUGAAGGCUACCCCCGGGCGAAGGUGCUCAGGAGCAGGUAGCUACUUUGGGACGCGUACCCCAGGCCAGCGUCCCUACUUCCGUCCCGAUCCAGUCCCCGCUGCUGUCUUGGAGACACCAUCGGGUCUUUAGGUUCCUUUCCUUCUGCUGGUUUUCUUUUUCCUGUCUCUCCAGCUUUCCUAUCACGACUCCCUGGCCUCAUCCCGUGCAUCCUAUCUGCCACCGUCUGACUUCUACCCCUCCUUGCCCUCAAGUCCCUCCUGUCAUAACCUCGCCAGAUUCUCCUACAUUCUUCUCUCUCCCCUCUUUGCCAACCUCUGAUUUCCAAAUUCCAGCUAACCCUCCACUCCUUGACAUCUGACCCUGACACUUGACUUUAAACCUCCAAGUUGCUCCCUCUCAGCCUGGUCUGCAGAAGCUGAGGUCUUCCUCUGACUCCAGAAUCCUCCCUCCCCCUUUCUGAGCCUCCUGCUGCCUCACCAUGGACUUCCUGAUGAGUGGUCUGGCAGCCUGCGGGGCCUGUGUGUUCACCAAUCCCCUGGAGGUUGUGAAGACCAGAAUGCAGUUGCAGGGAGAACUGCAGGCCCCCGGCACCUACAGGCGGCACUAUCGAAACGUCUUCCACGCCUUCUUCACCAUCGGCAAGGUGGAUGGUCUAGCUGCCCUGCAGAAGGGCCUGGCGCCUGCACUCCUGUACCAGUUCCUGAUGAAUGGCAUCCGACUGGGCACCUAUGGGCUGGCCGAGGCGAGGGGCUACUUGCACUCAGCUGAUGGCACCCUCAAUCCUGUCCGCAGCGCAGCAGCUGGGGCCCUGGCUGGGGUCAUGGGAGCCUAUCUGGGGAGCCCCAUCUAUAUGGUGAAGACACACCUACAGGCACAGGCAGCCUCUGAAAUUGCUGUAGGACACCAGUAUAAGCAUCAGGGCAUGUUUCAGGCACUAACCAAGAUUGGCCAGAAACAUGGUCUGGUGGGGUUGUGGCGUGGGGCCCUGGGCGGCCUGCCCAGAGUUAUCGUCGGUUCCUCCACCCAGCUGUGUACGUUCUCAUCCACCAAGGACCUCUUGAGCCAGUGGGAGAUCUUUCCUGCCCAGAGCUGGAAGGUGGCUCUAGCAGCUGCCAUGGUGAGUGGCAUUGCAGUAGUCUUGGCCAUGACACCUUUUGACGUAGCCAGCACCAGGCUCUAUAACCAGCCCACAGAUGCUCAGGGCAAGAACUGGGUCCCUAAAUUCCAUGUAGCAUCACACAGUACUUCAGGGCCUUUACUGGGGUCCAAAGAUGUUGGGAUCAUGAAGGGUCACACUGGCCACCAGUUGUUCAAAGUUUCCCAGGCUCCAGGGUGGGGGUGACAGAUUUUCAGGCCCAAGAGGUGACCUGU